AUGGCUUUCCGCUUCGCCGCAAGAAGACUCGCCCUCACCCGCUCCGCCGUGCCGGCGCGUGCCUUCCACUCGACGCCCGCCGCCUUCGUCAAGGUUGGCGACGCCGUGCCCGAGGUCGACCUCGUCGAGAACUCGCCCGGUAAUAAGGUCAACCUCGCCGAGGAGUUUGGCAAGGUCACCAAUGGACUCAUCAUUGGCGUGCCCGCCGCCUUCUCCCCCGCGUGCUCCGCGAGCCACAUCCCUUCGUACAUCAACCACCCGAAGCUCAAGGAGGCCGGACCCGUCUUUGUCGUCUCCGUCAACGACCCCUUUGUCAUGAAGGCCUGGGGUGACCAAUUGGACCCCGCCGCCCAGACUGGAAUUCGAUUCCUGGGAGACCCGUCUGGCGAGUUCACCAGAGCGUUCGACGUCGACUUUGACAGCAAGGCUAUCUUCGGCAACGACCGCAGCAAGCGCUAUACCCUCGUGAUCGAGAACGGAAAGGUCAAGGAGGCCCACGUUGAGCCCGAUAACAUUGGUACCGCAGUCGGCACCAUUCCUCCCACUACGCGGAAGAGAAAGGCCGCUGAGGCGACGAUAUCCUCCAAUAACCAAGACACCGCGACAAAGAAGAGGAUCGCCUCGGCUGCUGGACAGGACGCUCCCCCAACCCCCGUCACCACCGCGAGCAACGGCAUGGAUUCAGAGGAGGACUUCAUGUCGGCUCCCUCGAGCGACGACGAGAUCAUGCAGGAUGACAGCGGCGAGGACAUGUCUGGUCCUGAUGAUUUCGAUGAAGAUGACUUCGAAGACGAGCCCGAGGACCUGGGCAUGAUCAAAGACUCCGACAACAAAAAGAAGGUGGCCUACGACAUCUCAUUCAAAGUCUACGAACCAAAGGAUAUUCAGCGUCAACAGGACGACAUGAUUGACGAGGUCAACAUGAUUCUGAACAUCCGCAAGGAGGAUGUCGCGAUAUUGUUGCGGCACUUUAGGUGGAACAAAGAACGUUUGAUCGAGGAUUACAUGGACGCUCCCAACAAGGUCUUGGAGGCUGCAGGUCUUGGCUCGAACGUGGCUGGCCCGCCCAAGCUUGAAGCCAUUCCGGGUUUCAUGUGCGACAUUUGCUGCGAAGACGAGGAGGGCCUCCAGACCUUCUCUCUUAAGUGCGGCCACCGAUACUGCGUAGACUGCUACCGCCAAUACUUGACUCAAAAGAUUCGCGAAGAAGGCGAGGCGGCUCGUAUCCAGUGUCCGGCCGAGGGCUGCGGCCGCAUCAUCGAUUCAAAGUCCUUGGAUCUGCUCGUUGCAGCCGAUCUCAACUCCCGAUACCACGAGCUGUUAAAUCGGACGUACGUGGAGGACAAGGAGAUCCUGAAGUGGUGCCCUGCACCCGACUGCCCAAAUGCCGUGGAAUGCGCCAUUAAGAAGAAGGACUUGGACAGAAUCGUUCCCACACCUGCUCCCUGUGAGCUUGUUAAGCGAUGGCUGAAGAAGUGCGCAGACGAUUCGGAGACUGCAAAUUGGAUAUCGGCCAAUACCAAGGAGUGCCCCAAGUGCAACUCGACAAUCGAGAAGAACGGCGGCUGCAACCACAUGACAUGCCGAAAGUGCAAGCAUGAGUUCUGCUGGAUGUGCAUGGGCUUAUGGUCGGAGCACGGCACGAGCUGGUACAACUGCAAUCGUUUCGAGGAAAAGAGUGGUACAGAUGCGCGUGAUGCCCAGGCCAAGUCCCGCAUAUCGCUGGAACGCUACCUGCAUUACUACAACCGAUACGCCAAUCACGAACAGUCUGCCAAGCUAGACAAAGACAUUUACCAUAAGACGGAGAAGAAGAUGGUCCAGCUUCAGACAGCCUCGGGCAUGUCUUGGAUUGAGGUUCAAUACCUGAACCAGGCCUCACAAACACUGCAAACUUGCCGGCAGACUCUUAAGUGGACCUACGCCUUCGCAUUUUAUUUGGCGCGCAACAACUUGACCGAGAUUUUUGAAGAUAACCAAAAGGACCUUGAGAUGGCUGUCGAGGCCUUGUCAGAGAUGUUUGAGAAGCCCGUCCAGGAGCUCUGUGACAAGAAGUUGAAAGUCGACAUUAUGGACAAGACUUCAUACUGCAAGAAGCGAAGGAUUAUCUUGCUUGAAGACACUGCAGAUAACCUGGCCAAUGGACGUUGGACAUUUAACGUAGAUCUUCACGGACCUUCACCAGUCGGUGCCACAAGCAGUCGUCGUCAGUAG